GGUGGUGGUAGCGGCAGCCUGCGUGUACUUACGCACACCGUCAUUCGCGCCCGCGAGUCGCGCGAGUAUCGCCUGUAGACGAUUGUUUUUUUUUUGCCGCAGCGGCAGCACCCAAACCGUCGUCGUGCCGGGCCGGUAGUGUUGGUAGGCGCUAGAUUUUAUAUAAAUAAUCAACGGCCGCUCGUACGGUCGAGUGAGUUGAAGCGUGUGUGCCAGCAAAGCAUCGUCGCAGCUACCCGAUCCCCGGCGAGAGAGAAACAGAUCAUCUCAUCCAUCAUCCGGAGUGGAGACGAUCGUUUUCGAUCAACGGUUUGUUUCUGUUUUUCACCUGUGUGCGUCUGCGAUCGUUUUCCGAGUGAAAAGCCGGAAAACUGCAACGGUAACAACGACGACGAAAAACACAAUCGAAAAACAGAUUCCGAUGGCCCAUCUCUCCCGAGCUACUAGUACGAUGGCACUACACACCUACAGCAACGGUGCCGGUUGUCAAGUUUGACAGCAGCCAGUAUUCGCUCAGCAGCCACACAUCAAACCGGGAGCACGCUAGCCCGUGUGUACUAAGCAAAACAACAUCCGACCGAAUCGGAACUCCCACCUACCCGCAUCCGCACCCGGAAGCCCUGGUCCUGGGUUCGAGUUUCAGUUUGGCCACAGGUCUCGGUUUUUUGUGUGACCACUCAAGCAUUGCGAGCACAAUCAGUGGUGGCAUCAGGCGAUAAUUUGGUAAAUGAUCGCCUGAAAAACAACAACAACGGCUACAUUGAGAUCGCAUUAUAGCAACCUUAUCGUAGCGUCGUGCUUUACUAAAGUUUGUAAGCCAACAUCAAAGUACGCUUGUUUUGCUGUACUUUGCAUAAACAUAAAAAAACGACGUCCAUCAACGAACGUACCAAGUACGAAGUACGGCUUACCACCGACAGACACCGGGCAAAAAAUCGCCGACGAGUCUACUAAGAACAACAACAGUAUUACUAAUUAUUCAUCAUCGUUAGCAUCACAGGCAGAAGCUAGGCUUGAAACCAAAGGAGAAAGUGAGCGUGAACCGCAACUACAACAGAAAGUAAUCAUGACGGCCAGCAAGGAGUAUCUGGCGAAUGCCGAACCGGAGAAACCGAACCAACGCUUCGGAACCCGACAUUACACCGUGUUCAUGCUGUUCCUCGGCAUGGCAAAUGCGUACGUCAUGCGAACAAACAUGUCCGUCGCCAUCGUGGCGAUGGUAAACCAGACCGCCAUCGAGAAGGAUUCCGAAGUGUUCGACGACGAAUGUCCGGACACGGAUUAUGGCGAUGAUACACAUGAUUCCGGGCAGGAUGGCGAGUUUAUCUGGAGCACCAGUAUGCAGGGCUACAUUCUAUCGUCCUUCUUCUACGGCUACGUCAUCACGCAGAUUCCGUUCGGUCUGCUGGCGAAGCGGUACGGAGCGAUGCGUUUCCUUGGUUGGGGAAUGUUGCUCAACUCGGUGUUUGCGUUCGUGGUGCCGGUUGCCGCUCGACAGGGAGGUGCCGGUUGGCUGAUCGCUGUACGCUUCAUCCAGGGACUGGGCGAAGGCCCGAUCGUGCCCUGCACACAUGCCAUGCUUGCGAAGUGGAUUCCUCCGAACGAACGAUCACGCGUGGGGUCGAUCGUGUACUCCGGAGCGCAGUUCGGUACGGUUAUUUCGAUGCCACUGUCCGGUUUGCUGGCGGACCACGGGUUUGACGGUGGUUGGCCAUCCAUAUUCUACGUGUUUGGCAUUAUUGGCACGGUGUGGUCGAUUGCGUUCCUGCUGACGUGUUACGAGGAUCCAGUUUCGCAUCCCCGCAUUCGAGAGGACGAGAAGAAGUACAUCCAGCAGUCACUGUGGGGCAAUGCGUCAGUGCACAUUCCACCGAUUCCGUGGAUGAGCAUCGCGAAGUCGAUGCCGUUCUACGCCAUCUUGCUUGCCCAUCUUGGCCAGAACUAUGGUUACGAAACGCUGAUGACGGAGCUGCCGACCUACAUGAAGCAGGUCCUGCGAUUCUCCAUCAAGACCAACGGUGUUCUGUCCGCCCUGCCCUAUCUGGCGAUGUGGCUGUUCUCGAUCGUGGUCGGAUGGGUCGCUGACUGGAUGUUAACGUCGGGUCGCUUCAACCACACCUGGACGCGCAAGAUCUCCAACAGCAUCGGUCAGUACGGUCCGGCGAUCGCUCUUAUCGUUGCCUCGUUCACCGGUUGCAGUCGAGCACUGACGGUGGCCAUCCUGACGAUCGGUGUCGGCCUGAACGGUGGUAUCUACGCUGGCUUCAAGAUUAACCAUCUGGACAUUACGCCCCGGUACGCGGGCGUACUAAUGGCAUUCACCAACUGUUCAGCCAACCUGGCCGGUUUACUAGCCCCGAUCGCGGCCGGUAACAUCAUCGAGGGUAAACCGACGAUCGCUCAGUGGCGUAUCGUGUUUGUGAUAGCGGCAUGCGUCUAUCUGUUCACUGCCACGUUCUACAACGUGUUCGCGUCCGGCGCCCGCCAGUUCUGGGACGAUCCGGAGAACGAUGAACCGCAGAAGCCUUCGAUCGAGGCUCCGGCGAUGCACAGUGAAGUGAAUGGUAGCAAUGUCGGUAGCAAUGGUACGACGGUCGCAACCCUAACGCAUCGGAACGUUAAUGAACAGUCGUCGUAGGUUUGGGGAACUGCGGUAAACCAAGCCCCAUACCCAACCGGAAGCCAACCUUCAUACAUAUCACGUCCGCGGCACGUUCGCGGACGAAACAGUUAGGCGAGUGCUAUAGAGUGCGGAAAGACUACAGUUUGUAUUUAUAAGGGGAAAAACGAAUAUUUCUUGAUAAUGUAACGUAAUGUUUAAGCUGGACUUUCGCAUCCGUUUAUUUGUUUCAUCACCGUUCAUAGCGAAACGGGUUGUUAUAGUAUUUUUGUUCCCUCCUCCUUUUCGGGGUUAUUUCUUUCUUGAUUGAUUGCUGCUGUGUUAUCGAGUUGCAAUUGGGCUUGUUAUCUUUCGCUUUCUUGUUCCCUCUUUUUCUCUGAAACUUUUUCAUCUUGCUCUUAUUGACCAGCAGUUUUGGGUCAAGUCUCUAUCUUUUUUCUUCCUCCUUUUUUCUUUUUCCUCUACUAACUGUCUCUUUCUCCCUAUAGUUUUGUGAUUUUUUUUCUUCUUCUAUUUUUGUUUGUUUUUCACGUGCACUAGGUAGCACGUUACCCCUUCGUAAACAUUGAUAUUUGUCCAUCGCUAACCUGCACGUGUUGAGCGUGUGUGUAAAUAUUUUCCCUUAGCGACUAAUCGAGAACAUACUACCACUAAUAGGCCAUAAAAUCCGGAUCAUCCCAAUCUAAGACCGAUUUUUCGAUCUUUGGAUGCGGAAUUAAGGGUUGUGAACGUUUCGCUGGUUUUCCACUUUUCGAACGGAAUGGAACCAGAAGCUGUUAGCAUGUAGAGAGGCAGCGGGGGAGCGAGAAUUAUGCGUGUAUGUGCGAAUAUGCGAACAAAAGACCCUCAUUAAUGAUAAAGAACAGAAAAACACACACACACAGAUUGUUACAGUGCAAACCUUUCUCCUUUGAAAGGUGAUGCCGACACCAAACCAUCAUCGGUGCUGUAACAGAAACAAAAAACCGCAACAAGAUGAUAAAAUAAAAAACGAUAAUGAUAAUUUUGUUAUAAUGCGAGAAUCAACGCACCACCACAAAAAAAAAAA